AUGGUCCGGACAUUUGGUGUUGUCGAGAGAGAUGUUGCAAAAUGGGUUGGCGUCCUAUCUGCCAUAUUUGCCCUUUGCCAAUGCAUCACUGCUGUUCCCUGGGGAAAUUUAUCUGACCGAAUUGGGCGCAAACCCGUAAUAUUAACGUGUCUCUCUAUUACGAUGUUUUUUACCCUUCUCUUCGGAGUCUCAACUUCGCUACCCAUGGCUGUGUUAGCGCGCGCUUGUCUUGGGUUCAGCAGUGGGAAUGUUGGGAUUAUUCGAACCGUCGUGGCCGAGCUUGUACCCGAGCGUGAACUUCAACCUCGGGCCUUCAGUUUAAUGCCCCUAGUAUGGACUAUUGGGAGCAUAUUUGGCCCUGCGUUCGGAGGAGCUCUUGUGAAUCCGGUAAAGAAAUACCCAGAAAUUUUCAGAAAUAGUCAUUUUUUCAAGACGUACCCAUUUGCCCUGCCAAAUAUACUUUCAGGAGGCUUCUUUAUUAUCGGAAUUAUCACGGGUUUUCUAUUCUUGAAGGAAACUCUAUCAUUCAAAAAGAACGAGCGAGACUAUGGUCUCAUCCUUGGUGAAAUGCUAACUAGCGUGUGCUGCCGCUGCAGAAGAAAGCCGGUAAAGAAUCCUGGGCAUGGAGACGACGAAUCCACUCCCCUUCUUGGUGAUCGUCGGAUACCUGUAUCGGCCGCAAGCAAGGAACAAAAACGGCCGAAUACCUCUGCUAAGUGGACGGAGGUUUUAACCUUCCAGUCUGUGAUAAUUCUCUCAAUAUAUGCUUCGUUAGGGCUCCAUAGUGUUGCUUUCGACUCUGUGCUGCCCGUGUUUUUAAACCAUCCAAGGCAGAAACUGGAAAAUAACCCGGAUGUGAAACUUCCGUUCAAGUUCUCCUCUGGGUUUGGUAUAGACUCACAGGCCAUUGGUAUUUUGUUUACCCUCAAUGGAGUAGUAGGAAUGAUUGUUCAAUUUUUCAUUUUCCCCCCAACAGCCAAACGCUUCGGGGUCCUACGUUGCUUUAAAGUAUCAGCUCUCAUGUUUCCAGUUCUUUACUUCCUUACGCCUUUUCUCGCCCUCUUCCCCACAGGUAGCACUCGUCAGCUUGCAACAGUAAUCCUGAUGGCAAUCAAGCUGAGUGCUGUGGUUUUUGCGUUCCCAUCAUCCAUCAUCCUUCUUACAAAUUCCGCUUCAAGUGUUUCUGUCCUUGGAACCUUGAAUGGAGUCGCAACGAGCGCUUCUGCUAUAGGCAGGGCCAUUGGUCCGGCUGCACUGGGGGCCAUAUUCUCCAUUGGCGUCAAAGCAGGAUACAUGAUAAUACCUUGGUGGACCCUGGCGUUCAUAGCAGCUAUCAGCGCGCUCCCAGCUUUUUGGAUCAUUGAAACAGACGGCUUCGCUGGUGAUACAGAAGAGCAAGAUAAUCAAGACACAGUCGUUGUGGUUGGUGAUGCGGAACAGGAUAGCCCACCCCUUCUAGAGGUAGGUAAUGUGCGACCUGAAAACACAGCUGGCCCAAUAGAAGCUAGCAAUUCAGACGGUAAAGCCGCCGGCGAUGAGCCCGCCUUGUCAGCACCAUCCAGCUCCUAA